GCGAACUCCAAAACCGUCUGUCGCAAAUUUAUUCCAAACUUCGAAGCCAACCGACACGUCAUCGAACCGAAAAACUACUUCCAUAGCCUCUCUCUCCUUCGCGUAGCAGAGUUAGUGGCAUUCAAUACUUGUGAAUGAAAAGCUCCAACGAUUCUCUUCAAUCCUCCGACUUUCCUAGGAAUGGCGACACCAUUUCUUGCUGGCCUUGCUGUAGCUGCUGCAGCACUUGCUAGCAGGUAUGGGAUCCAAGCUUGGCAAGCAUUCAAGUCACGGCCCCCAAAACCCAGAUUGCGCAAGUUCUACGAGGGUGGUUUCCAAUCUACAAUGACAAGGAGAGAAGCAGCACUAAUAUUAGGCGUCAGGGAAAAUGCAACUGCAGACAAGGUGAAGGAAGCACAUAGAAAGGUUAUGGUUGCAAACCAUCCUGAUGCGGGUGGAAGUCAUUAUCUUGCUUCCAAAAUAAAUGAAGCGAAAGAUGUUAUGCUUGGGAAGGGAAGGGGAAGUGGAUCUGCAUUUUAACACAUUUGUUGCAAUGUCUUAAUUCUGGACAUUACCCGAUUUUUAUAAAUCCUCAUGAAAUACAUUGCAUAGUAACUCUGUUUCGAGGAAUUCAUUUAAUUUGUAAAUAUUGUGGCCUGCUCGUGAUUUCUUUCCCCUUGUACGUGCAUUGCAAAUUCAGACUUCUCAAAGCUGCUUAUUUAGUUCCGGUCAAAUAUUACAAUAAAGAGUGGUAAUGAAAUACUGUGGUCCAUGGGAGAAGUGUGUUGUACUAUUUUUCUUCUUUAUUGUUAUUAGUAUGACUUAACCAAACCGUCUGUAUACUUGUAUUACACCUUGGUAACUUGGUUAAUUGGUCAUUGUUUCGAA